AUGUUCUUCGCAGUUUUCAACUUCUUCACCGCAUUCAUCAUUUUCUUCAUCUUCUUCUUCUCAUGCUUCAUAUUCUUCAUAAUCUUCAACUUCCUCACCGCAUUCUUCGAAUUCUUCAGCUCUUUCUUCAUAAUUUCUAUCUUGUUCAUCCUCUUCAUCUUAAUCAUCUUCUCCAUCUUCUUCGUAUUCUUCGUCGACAUCUUCCGCUUCAUCACAUUGUCCAUAGUCAUAUUGUCACUUGAUCUCAAUAUUCCUCAUAUCAAUAUAUUCAGUCAUUUCAUACACAAUGUGUGCCCAAGUUCAAGGACAGAAAACUCCACCAUAAAAUGUAAUUGACUGAAAAGUGUAGGAAUGCAUACAACGUGCAGAUGUAUAUACUCAAAAUUAAAAUCAAAAAUGAAAGGGUUGUUGUCACACAAGUCGCAAGCCGAGCUGAACUUCCGUCUUUUCCAGCAGCCAGGCAUGAUAGUCGACUCCCCUUGCAGUAGAAUGAAGAAGUUCUCGAAAGUCAUCACAUUCUAG